GAAGGAACCAGAGAGAGAGAGAGAGAGAGAGAGAGAGAGAGAGGCAUCCAGUUUGGAACGCCAUGGCGAGCUGCACCCAGGACCGCCGCCGCUCCGACGAUCACCAUCGUCACUUGCCAAACGACGUGUUGAUCGACAUCCUCACGAGGCUGCCGGUGAAAUCGCUGCUCCGAUCCAAGUGCGUCUGCAAGAACUGGCACAACCUAAUCCAAAACCCUACCUUCGCGCAAGCUCACUUCCGCCUUCAGAAACUCCAGGACAAAGGUCGCAUCUUCCUCCAGUAUUUCAACGACAUCGACGCCCCCAGCAAAUACCAUUACGCCCUGUUCCCCGACGAAACCCUCGCCAGCGACGCAUAUCACGAUCUCGACGUCCUAGAAACCCGUGGUUCGGCGGGUAUUGAUGGUCCCGUAAACGGCUUGUUUUGCGUGUUUAAUUUCUGGGAUCCUUUCAUUAUCUGGAACCCCGCCAUUAGAGAAUUCAGAACACUCCCCUUUCCCGGCCUCCCCGAAUUUCCGCCCAAUUUCGAUAUUGUAUACUCGAAUACUGGAUUUGGGCUCGACAAGUCAAAUGAUGACUAUAAGGUGGUUCUCAUCCGUUGCAUUGAUUAUCGAGUAAAAGACAUGCCAAUAGUUAACGAUGUUUACGUUCAUGUGUACUCCCUGAGUACCAAUACUUGGAGACGUCUCGACGGCCUCGAUUAUCCGUCGCUUGAAUAUCUGCGGCGUUGUAGGUCUGAGAUCGGAGCGUACUCGGAUGGAGUUUAUUACUGGUGGCCCGGUGAUGGGGUCCUCGCAUUCGACAUGGGCAACGAGGUUUUCUGAGCGAUAUCUGCUCCUUUUGUUCUUCUUCCAUCGGAGGUUGAUGAAUGUGUUGUAAGACCGUGCAAUGGUGACGGCCGGAUUGCUCUGUAUCGAUUCAAAGGUUUACCUGAGAGUGCUGGAGUACUUGACAAAUGUUGUGACAUCUGGGUGAUGGAGGAGGAGGAGGAGGGCAGUUGGAUCAAACGGUUUAGCGUCGGACCGAUUACUUGUGGAGCUUUCCAACAGGGGUUCUGGAAGAACGGCGAGCUCCUUUUCCUCCGGCUUAUUCAGGGUUCUCGUGACCGCUACCGUCCUCGUGUUUUUCAGCUGGUCUUGUACAAUCCAUGUACUCGAGAACUCAGGUAUCUUGGACCUAAGGGAGCUUUCAGUGGAUAUCGAGCUUUUGUUUACCACGAAAGUCUAGUAUCCGUUAACGGCGGAAUACACCAAACGAAGGGCAGAUUGUGUGAUUCACUCACAGCAGCGCAAUACUUGUUCAGUUGGCCGCCCAGUAUCCCGCGCUUUGAUCCAUGACCCGAUAUGAAAACAUAUGCCCAAGACCAAGAACCAGUUAGCAGAUGCUUUAGUAUUGUCUGAUUCCCAUUGAAUAUAUAUAGGCUUUACAAUCAGUUCCAAUUUCCGUUAGUAUUGUCUGAUUCUCUCUCCUAAAUGUUUUAUUUAAUGACCUUUACUCGUUUAAGUUAUGGUUCGGAUUCCGAGUAUGAAAGAUUGUAUGGCUGAUAGUGUUUCUAGGCAUUAAUUACUGCAUUAGUUGUUUCUUAAAUCUAAACCUUGCGACAAUGAUUGAGUGAUGGCUAACAUUAAAAGAAUUUUGAGUUGUUUUCAGCUCUUGUCUAGGCUGAAAAUCAAUUCUUUAA